AUGUCGAGACUAAAAGACCAUUACGCACAACAUGAUGAACAUGACGAGCUCGCCGAGCUGGAGCCAGAGUCCCUGAAGACAUGUUCGGAAACACCCACGACUCCCAUGCGCAGGAGAGAACUCAUGCCACGGUCUGCGGCACAACCGUCUACACGCAGAGUUCGUCGAUUGAAUGGCGAGAGACUCGCUGCCGCCAACCCUCUGUUUCAGCCGUGGACUGCCGAGAGCUCCAAGAAAGUCCUAGAGUUUUCCAAGAAUAUAUCCCCUCGCAAGACCGAUUCGAGAACGAAACCUAGAUCUGAAUCAGUGACUGGAGAAGCUUUUCUAGUCAAUAGAAAACAUACACGACAAGGCGCCAACACCACAGUCGUGAAGUCCAUGCUCCCGAGUGCCGCGUUUCCCGAUAUCGAUUCGUCCUCAUCAUCAGUUUCCGACAUGGACAUCGGCGAUGUCACACUCCCCGCCAGUCUCCAGCUUGCGAACCAACCCACCGAGUCCUCCCACCGUAUAGCUCGUUUGAGGCCAGACACUUGCAUCACGAUAUUAGAAGACAGCAUUUUCGCCGAGACGGCCAGCCCCGAGACCGAGGCACAAAUCACACAAGUCGAAGGUGGUACCGGCGGAGAAGCAGUCCUAAUGCAGAGCGAGCCCUUGCCACUUACAACCAGAAGUGUCAACGUCCGCCAGCAAAGCGACGAUACGAUCGAUCGGCAACUCAUGCACGCACGAGCCCACGUCCCGCAGCCAAUCGAUAAAGAGCAUCUGAAUGCAACGAACAAAGCGACUAUUAAUGAAUUCGAAUUGACAGAGCAGCUGGUUGAUGAACAGCUAUGGGGCAAUGGACUUGGCCAUGACGGCGAGAUCUCUGAUGCCAGAGUGACGGUUCCAUGGGACCCCCUCCAAUCUCCUCGGAAAACAUUUGGCAUCCCACAAAGACCACAUACUCCUACAAAGGACGAAUUCUGGAGGCAGAGUCUGGUCGACUGCUGGAAUGAUGAACAAAGCCCCCGCAAAGCUGUCGAAGCAGCGAUGCGGUCGCCAAUCAAGCAGUCUAUCCCGACAAAAUCUAGCAAAUCUUCCUUCGAAGCCGCAAGGGCUAAGCUGGCUGUCGAGUUCCUAAACGAGCUGGACAACAAGAUUACGGAUGGCAAGAUCGCCCAGCUUUCCAAGUCGACAGGAGGAGUCAAGAUUGAAUGGUCGAAGAACCUCAACACAACGGCCGGGCGCGCAAACUGGAGAAAAGAGACUAUUCGUACCAUCCCUUCUGACGGAUCCGACGCUACUAUCACCUAUCAUCAUCAUGCAUCUAUUGAGCUUGCAGAGAAGGUCAUUGAUGAUGAAAGCAGGCUCUUGAACGUGCUGGCUCAUGAAUUCUGCCACCUUGCCAACUUCAUGAUCAGCAGCGUGACGGACAAGCCGCAUGGUAAAGAUUUCAAGCUCUGGGCAGCAAAGUGUUCGCGAACGUUUGCCAGUCGGGGGAUCAAAGUCACAACGAAGCACAAUUACGAGAUUGACUUCAAGUACGUGUGGCAGUGUGAAGGUUGCUCAUACACCUAUAAACGGCAUUCAAAAAGCAUUAACCCAGAGAAACAUCGGUGCAGUGGGUGCAAAGGCAAUCUCACACAAAUCAAGCCUGUCCCCAGAAUUGGCGGAAAACCUAGCGAGUAUCAACUGUUCAUUAAAGAGGAAAUGAAAUCCCUGAAGCGAGACAACCCCGGAAGCCCUCAGACAGUCAUCAUGAAAAUGGCAGCAGGAAAAUGGGCCGACAGAUUGAAUUCGACACGGCAACAGCACGCACAAGAAGACGUUGGUGAUAUUACCGCCAAGCUACAUGGUCUCGGCUUGGGAGAGAAAUGA